CGACAACGGCUCGAAUUAUAAAAAAGCAUGCAACGAACUACUAAGUGACGUGUAUGACCACAUAGUUUGGACACCGUGUCUAGCACACACCGUCAAUUUGAUGUUGAAGGAUAUAGCUCGAAGGCCUGAACAUGGUGUUAUCAUCAAGCAGUGCAAGCGAAUUUCAAAUUGGUUACACAAUCAUGGUCAGUUGAAUACAAUGAUGAGGAACGCAAUCGGUGGUGAGUUGGUCAAGUCGAAAAUAUUGCUUACAUACUCGGUUGCACAUGCAGCGUCCUGGUGGAUGAUGUUCGGAUCAAGUACUCCAAAACUGCAGUACCUUGCCAUGAGGCUUGUUUCACAAUGUUGUUCGUCCAGUGGAUGCGAGCGGAACUGGAGUACUUUUGCCUUGCUGCAUACAAAGGUUCGCAAUCGGUUGUCGCACAAGAAACUUAAUAAGCUUGUUUAUGUCAACUACAAUCUUCGUCUCCGACUCGAGGAGGUCUCCGGGCCACUGAUGCGUGAAGAAGGUGAUUUCAUUGACCAGCUAGCCCAUCUUUCUUUCUAUGAUGAGAAAAAUCCGGUGCGGGAAUGGAUGGAAUAUGGUAGAUCUAACCGGGCUCCAGUUCUGGACGAGGAUGAUGAUGACGGCGACAUCCCUCUCCCGUCCCAUAUUGUCAGAGAUCAAAUAAACGAGUCAGAUCUACGUGAGGCUACGGGGAAUGAUUACAUCAGCGAUUGGGCACGUACAAAUAUAUGUGACACUCACCUAGAGAAGAGAAAGUUGCAGAAAGGACCUAAGAAGGGUGACCCGAAGCGUCGAAAAGGCAAAGGAACAGCAAAACCAGUGAGCAGCGACACCGAGACUGAUGAUGGCAAAGGUGAGCGUAGUCCUCCAUAUCAGGAGUCCGAGGAUAGCAGCUCGGCCGAUGAUGGUGAUGAUGGUGACGGUGCUGGGCCUGAUGCUGGUGGUGGUGGUAGUGGUGCUGAUGCUGCUGCUGGUGGUAGUGGUCGUGCUCGUAGUGUUCGUUUCACAGGUAUACAUUGCACAUACAAAUAGACACAUAUUUUUGACUAUUGACUACUAAUUAUGAAAUAUGGUUGAUUGCAGGGGAGACUCAGUUCACACAUGCUACUCAGGACACCGACCAUGGAGCACCGCAAUCGCAGAGGAGAACAGGUGGACCAACGGACUAUGAUAGUCCACAGCACUCUUCUUCCUCCUACAGCGAUUCGAGGCACUCUUUUCACUAUCCCAUUCCUGACAUCAGCAUGCAGCCACCGACGAGAUGGGUGUACGAAUGGGAAGACCCCCAUUUUUACACUA